AUGGGGUGUGGAAGUGUGUUUGGACCUAAGAGCCAGAACACUGGAGGGGUGAAUCAAUCUCAGCACCACAAUCAGCACAGGUCUGCCGCUGUGUGCUGUGGGACGGGCGAGAGAACACGUCUGGCAGUGCGUCUCCUCCCGUCACUGCUCGGUUUGUCCUGCCAUCCACGUCCUCAUCUGUCUCAGAUCAAUCUGACCAUUCUCCUGUUCAGCGUAAUGUGGUUUCCCCGUCUGUACCUUCAUUACUGCAGCCAGUGGCUCUUCCUGCAGGCUCAACACAUCCCCAUCAACAGAUUUGGGUUGGGUGCGCACACGGUGGAUCUGGUCUAUCAGGGUUCACUGCUGUCUACCCUGGAGGAGGUUCUGCUGGUGCUGCUGGGCCCCCUGACCUUGAAUGCAGCUACGCUACUGCUGCUCCUGAUCAGAUGGGGCUGUCAGCUAGCAUUUGGCUCACCGCCCUCCUUCCUGUCAAAGUUUAUCAUGGCUGCGGCGGUGUGGACAGUGCUGGACCCUCUGGCGGUCUUUGCUGUGGAUGCCGUCCUGGGGCGUCUGUCCUACAGUGCAGAGGAACCAUUAGCAGAUGCUGCUAAGAUGUACUGGCAUUUCUUUCGGAUUGAGCAGUCGGGCACAGCAGGCAUCAUCAUCACACUCUUCUUGUACGGUGUCCACUGCAUCCUCUCCUUCACCUUCCUUUAUGUUUACUUCCUCAGACUUCACAAUGAUGGGAGACUAUUAGAUAUCUACCUGCGGCUCCACAGCACUGAGGGAGCAUUCUUUGUUCCACAUGACAUGGAGGUUUCCAACCAGGAGCUCAAUUACAUUGUAAAGAAGGCAGAGCAAUGGAGAGGCUUCAAUGGAGAGAGAUGCAAGGUGGCAGUGUAUGACUACAUCUGGACGGAGGAGGAGCCUGCGGUAGGAUUGGCACCACCUUCGGGCACGCCCAAUACCGGAUGUGAGACCAGCACCCAUUUAUCCAUCUACACACUGCACUUGAGCGGCCUGCGCCAUCAUUACAGACACUUCCUGAGACAACCUGAUGGAGCCAUUAUAGAGGUGAUGCAUGAUUCUGACAGUAAAGAGUUUCAGAGAUCAGAGGUGCAUGAGGAACAUGGGAGGAUGAAGAAUGUGAUGCAUCUCAGAGAGAGGAAAAGGAGAAAACCUGCCUGGCGAUCACACAGGGUUGAGCCUAUUGGAGGAAGUGCCUGUGACUCAAGCAAUGGAAUAAAAGAGCCCAGCCCAUAAACUUAAGUAGCCACACAAUAAAAAUAAAAUAAAAUAAUAAAAUAAAUGCCUUU